AUGUAGACUUUUUAACAAUUUGGAGUAGCAUCUGUCCUUAACAGUAAAAUAACACUAUAUCUGACAGAAGAAUUAAUAAUUAUCAGAUUUAAGAAGGAAUCAAAUUAAAUUUACAAAAUCAAUCUAUUCCGCUCAUUGGCCAGAUUCACUGAUGGUGAAAAUCUUGUUAUAAGACUUAGGGAUAGAAAUGGUAGCAGUAAUAAUCAAAAGAUCGAUUUAGAAAUAAAAAUGAAAUUAGGCAUAGAUUCCUAAAUUGUGCUUAAUCACGUGAAUAAUUAUGCUUUCAUAGAAUUUCCAAGUUUCUCUCAAAUUUAUUAAAUCCAAGAAUAUUUAGAUGAGGGAUCACAAGGAUAAAUAUUUAAAUGCCAAAUCAAAAGUACAUUCAAUCAUCCCAUUUCCCAAGUAGUGGAAACUAAACCAUAAGUAGUAAAAAUAUGUCAAAUAUAAAAUAAGCAAGCCAAUGAUCAGGCAAGAAACGAAAUAUUAUUAAUGAGAAAAUUACGUCAUUGCCAAAAUGUAUGCACACUUAAUCAAGUAUUCAUUGAGAAGGAUAAGAUCUAUUUAGUAAUGGAUUUUAUUGAGUAAGGUGAUUUGCAAAGCUUUAUAGAAUCUAGAAAAUUUAAAAUAAGUGAAAUUGAGUGCAAGGAAAUAGCUAUCUAAUUGCUGUUAACUUGCAAUUUUAUGCAUCAAAGAAAUAUAUUGCAUAGAGAUUUGAAACUAGAAAAUAUUCUUAUAAAAUAUGAGAACUCACAGAUAUAAACAAGAAUAUGUGACUUUGGAUUAGCUUGCUAAUUAGAUGAUUAGUAACUCAAAAACAUGCGUGUUGGAACUGCAAGUUGUAUUGCCCCAGAGAUUCUUUUAAACAAAGAUUAUGAUGAAAAAUCAGAUAUAUUCAGUGUGGGAUGCUUGCUUUAUAAGAUCAUAUAUGGCAAGAAUCUGUUCAGCUCUGAUAGUCUGAUAGAUUGUCUGAGAUUAAAUAUGACUGCAGAUCCAACUUCAAUCAUAAAUAAUUAGACUAAAAUUAUAUCUAGAGAUCUGAAAAAUUUCCUUCUAAAUUUACUGAAUAGAAAUCCAAAUCUAAGACCGAAUUCUUAGGAAGCACUUUAACAUCAAUGGUUUUGGUGUGAAAGAACUGGAAUAAACUAAGCACUAUAAAUCAAUAAGUAUUAAGAUGAAGACUUAAGCAUUAAAUCUGAAAACUAAUAAUUAAAUAAUAAUUCAAAGAUAGAUUACCUAAAAAUCAUUGAGGAUUCAAAGAAUUUUAUUGGAGAAGAUGAGGAAUCUAAAUAAGAUACAAAUAUCAAAGGAUUAAAAAUGUUAGGAAAAAAACUUUCUGCUGCAUGUACAUUUAAUAAAACGUAAAAUUCAAAGGAAAUUUGCUAUGAUAAACAGUUUAAAUUAAAUAACUUCUCAAUGAAAAUCGAAAGUGCUCAUUAAAGACAUAAAAAAUCUAAGAAAAAGCUAUAAACAAAGAAUUUGAAGAACUAAACAAAUGUUGCAUUAAAUGAAGUAUAGGCAACAAAUGAAAACUUCGAGGAAAUCUGCCAUGAUGAAAAAGAUAACUUAACAUUAGAGUAAAAAAUAUUGGACAGGACAUUAAUAUCAGAAUCUGUAUUAGUUAAAUAAUCACUUUCAAAUAUGAAUUGUGUGAGAAAUAGGAGAUCAUUUCUCUAAUUAGAAUAAUGA